AUGCUAAGUAGAAAUGGUGAAAAUAUGUCUCAAUCGAAUAUGAAUUUACCAACUUUAGCUAAGAUUUGUGAUGGAAAUAAAAAAUCUCAUGAAUCAGGGUUUGAGUCACAAUUACAGCAUAAGCAGGAACUACCGCCUGUUAAUUCGCUGCUAGAAAAAUGUAGAUCAGUUUCUUUGGGAUAUUCGGAGGGAAGCACUGCGAAAAUACGAAAUUCCAUGAGCGGAGCACCUUCCCACUCAAUAAAUCUGCCCUCUUUUAAAAAUGAAGUGCAGGGACAACAACCGAACAAUGUACAUAUUAAAUUUCCUAAUAACAUGGAUCAGCGAGGAUUCCAAAGCUCCCUCAUAUAUCAUGAGCCGCGAAGACCAACAUCAAUCGUGGUUCCAAUGGUAGUACCUGUUUUAAUGCGUUUUAAUACUGAUUCUGUUUCAUCGGAUGGAAAUAUUUGCCCAACUUAUAUGGUACCACCUACUGGUAAUGAAAGGGCGGGGGUGGAUGGAAUGCUUAACCCAUAUCCUAACUUGCUCCCCGAAACGACACAUCCAUAUAGUAUGCAUCCUACAACUACAGGACUUACUUCUAUGAUGAGUACCAGUUCAGGCCCAAAAGCGUUACACAAUUUUGCUCAUUCACCUAAAGGUAGUAAUGUCUUGUUGAACCAGUCAUUGAGUUAUCCGGGGCCUCAAGAGUACUUUUAUACGCCUGUGAAUAAUACCUUUGGAGGUCGGAAUCCUCCUAUCAUUACAGAAAAUAACGUACAAGGACUGUGUAGGCCAAAUGCUGAUCAGAUACAUAGUUCUGAUGAUAAAAGGCACAUGUUCACUAGUAAUAUACCAACUUACGCUCCAGGAGACUCAAUGGCUACGAAACCUAGGACUGAAAUUUCAACAUAUGGAAUCAAUGAAGAGUCAUCUAAAAUGGUCCCGGACAAUCAACAUGGUUACACACAUGUGGACCAAGGAGAAUUUAUGGAGAGCGACCAUUUAAUUUCACCGAACUAUACGGAUAGUGGUUCUAAUAAAUCAUCAAUUCAGAGAAGAACGUGCCCGGUCUGCAAGAAGCUCUGUUCAAGGCCCAGCACUUUAAAGACGCAUUUAUUAAUCCAUUCAGGAGCAUUACCACACAAAUGCCCCUUUCCAAAUUGCCACAGAAGAUUCAAUGUGAAAAGUAACUUGACUAGACAUAUUAGAUCUCGUCACAAAUUUGACAAAUCUUAA